AUGCAGCCCUCUCUCAUCCGCCGUCAGCUCGGUGGCCUCGUCCCCCCCAAAGUCGCCACCCCCUCCCUCCUGUCCUCUGGCUCAGGUGCCGGCCUUGGCCCGCUCGUGAACUUCUACUCCAAGCUCCCGAAGGGCGCCGCGCAGACGACGGCGUCGGGGGGCAUCAAGGCCCGCUUCUUCAACGGCAAGAACGCGUCCGCCGCGCCGCUCCUGUUCACCAUCUUCGGGAUCUUCGGUAUCGGGUACACCAUCGACUACCAGAAGCACCACAAGAACCACGCCCACUAA